CUAUAUUUUAUUCUUGAAUUCAAGACUUUCGAUGUUCCUCGGAACAAGUCAACCGCGGUUACGUACAAGUUGUUUCUACAUUGAAUUUGUGUAAGAUGGGAAGGACAGAAAAAGAAGACCAAGAAUCAUGGAGAACUAUGAUUACUUCAAGAUGUUCGGUUUUAACCGGAAGUUCAAGAUUUCUGAACGGCGGCCACCGCCAGACGUCAUCGACGUCUUCAAUUUGUUCACCAACAGGGACUCGCAGAUGUCCCCACCUCAGUUUCGACGGUUCUUGAUCGGGUAUCAGGGAGAACAAGGGGUUACAAUCGAUGAUGCGGAGCGGAUAAUGGGUCAAGUGCUCCGCCAUUUCCGACCCACCUUCACUCACUGCUCUUUCACUCUUGAUGAUUUCUUCAGAUACCUCUUCCAUGUUGACCUCAAUGGACCCAUCAUCGAUCAGGUACACCAUGAUAUGACUGCACCAAUGCAACAUUACUUCAUAUAUACAGGCCACAAUUCCUACCUUACAGGAAACCAGCUCUACAGUAAUUCUAGUGAAGUACCAAUCAUAAAAGCUCUAGAAAGUGGUGUGAGGGUAAUUGAGCUAGAUUUAUGGCCAAAUAGCGCAAAAGAUGGAAUACAUGUUCUUCACGGCAGGACUAUGACAACUCCAGUAACACUUUCCAAAUGUUUGAAGUCGAUUAAAGAGCAUGCUUUUGUGAAUUCUCCUUAUCCAGUAAUCAUCACCUUAGAGGAUCAUCUUAACUCAAAUCUUCAAGCAAAAGUUGCAAAGAUGGUCACAGAAAUAUUUGGAGAUGUGCUUUACUCCCCAGAGGCAGGGGAUAAUGAUGAAUUCCCUUCACCUGGAGCAUUAAAGUAUCGUAUCAUUCUUUCAACAAAACUACCAAAAGGUUGCGAGGGAUCUAAGCAAUUGGGAGGCGAGAGCUUACCAAAAGUCAGCAGAGAUUCAUCUGAAAAAGAGAUGAAUAGUAAUCAGGACAAUUGUGUGUCCAGCUCGACUCAAGAAUUGUCCCAAUUUCUUGACAUUGAAUUUGAAGACGAAGAUGUCAAAUAUGAACAAAAAGCAUCUCCCGAGUACAAUCAACUCAUUGGUAUCCAUGCUGCUAAAGUAAAGGACGGAUUAAGGAAGGCAUUAAUGGUUGGAUCAGGGAAAGGAAAACGUAUUAGUCUGAGUGAACAAACUCUUGAAAAAGGCGCAUCUCUUUGCGGAACCGAUAUAGUCAGGUUUACUCAAAAGAACAUUCUUAGAGUGUUCCCCAAGGGAACACGGGUCACCUCAACGAACUUCAAACCACUCACUGCAUGGAUGCAUGGCGCUCAGAUGGUCGCAUUCAAUAUGCAGGGAUAUGGCAGAUCGCUGUGGAUGAUGCAUGGAAUGUUUAGAUCUAAUGGAGGGUGUGGUUAUGUUAAGAAACCCGAUUUUCUAAUGACCAAGGGUCCUAAUAACGAGGUGUUCGAUCCAAAAGGAACAUUACCAGUGAAGAAAACUUUGAGGGUGAAAGUAUACAUGGGUGACGGAUGGCGGAUGGAUUUUAGCCACAGUCAUUUUGAUAAAUUCUCACCACCAGAUUUCUACACAAAGAUGUAUAUGGUUGGAGUUCCGGCGGAUGUUAGCAAGAAGAAGACGAGAGUAAUCAAAGAUGAUUGGAUACCCAUAUGGGAUGAGGAGUUUACGUUCUUGUUGAGCGUCCCUGAGCUGGCGUUGCUGAAAAUCGUUGUACGAGAUCAUGAUGUAUCAGAUAAAGAUAAGUUCGGUGGUCAAACAUGUUUGCCUGUGUCGGAGUUGAGAAAUGGGAUUCGAACGGUUCCGCUGCAUAACAAGAAAGGGGAGAAAUUUAAAUCCGUAAAGCUUCUUAUGAAGUUUCAGUUUGAAUAACCAACACCUAUUGCUGCUUAUCCAAUACAUCCUUGAAAGCUUUUUAGAUCUUAUUGUAACUAGACUUCAGCUUUUUCCCUAAACACAGCUUAACUGCAUAACUUUGUACAAUCAAAUUUCUCUAUUCUACAUAUUCAAUG